AUGUCCAGCCCCGAAACAGUAGCCUGCGUUCUCCUCGGGUCAUGGACGGAGAGCUGCCUGCGUGCCCUGCCUUAUGUUGAUGCAUUUAUUUCCCAAACCCUAAAAGGAGAAAAUCUAUCCAAGAAAGCAAAAGAAAAAAGGGAAGUUCUUCUUAAGAAGAUAAAAGAUGUUAAGGCAAGUUAUCCUCAAGAAUUCCAGGAUAAAGAAUUGGAAGAUGAGGAGGAGUCUGAGGGCUCUUUUUCUUCGCCUCCUGAUAGUGUCUCAAUAGCAUCUGAGCGAUAUGAUAAAGAGGAUGAAGCACCCUCUGAUGGGAAUCAGUUUCCUCCUGUUGCAGCUCAGGAUCUUCAGUUCGUUCUGAAGGCUGGAUACCUGGAAAAACGCAGAAAAGACCACAGUUUUCUUGGCUUUGAAUGGCAGAAGCGUUGGUGUGCUAUCAGUAAGACGGUCUUCUAUUAUUACGGAAGUGACAAAGACAAACAACAGAAAGGUGAAUUUGCCUUAGAGGGCUACACCAUCAGAAUGAAUAAUAGCCUUCGGAAGGAUGCAAAGAAAGAUUGCUGUUUUGAAAUCUCUGCUCCUGAUAAGCGCAUUUAUCAGUUUACAGCUGCCACUCCUAAAGAAGCAGAGGAAUGGGUACAGCAAGUCAAAUUUGUAAUUCAAGAUAUGGAAUCUAAUGCUAUUCCUGAGGAGGAUGAAGAGGAAUAUGAUGAUGUUGGACAAGUGAGCAGUGAACCAAUAGAUGAUAGCAUUUAUGAAGAAGUUAAAGAAGAACGUGUUCCUUCAAAGGCUGAAGUGCCAAGAAAACUGAGCCAGGAGAAAGUUACCACUGUUUCAGAUAGCAAAAAUACCGAUUAUGCCAAUUUCUACCAAGGUUUGUGGGACUGCACAGGAGAUGUACCUGAUGAGUUGACAUUUAAACGUGGUGACGUUAUCUACAUUCUCAGCAAGCUCUGUUCAAGAAAUCAAUUUCCAGAAACAAAGACAACUGAGUACAAUAGAUUUGGCUGGUGGGUAGGAGAAAUGAAGGGAACCAUUGGCUUGGUGCCUAAAGCCUACAUAAUGGAGAUGUAUGAUAUUUGA